AAAGAUAUAUAGAACAGAAGAUCGAGUAAGCCUGAAAUAUGACGAAAGCUUACCUUCUAACUGUUGCCCUCUUCGCCUUGGCAUUCUCUCUUGCCUCUGCCUCUGACCCCUCUCCCCUGCAGGACUUCUGUGUUGCACUUAAGGACUACUCCGACAAGUCAGCUGUAUUUGUUAAUGGAAAGUUCUGCAAGGAUCCAAAGCUUGUCACGGCUGAUGAUUUCUACUUUUGUGGAUUGAACAUUCCUAGGAACACAUAUAAUAAAGUUGGGUCCAACGUCACUAAUGUGAACGUGGACACAUUUCCAGGCCUCAAUACUCUUGGCAUAUCCCUUGCUCGAAUCGACUUUGCACCAUAUGGACAAAAUCCUCCCCACACUCACCCUCGCGGGACUGAAAUCCUAGUAGUCUUGGAGGGUACUCUCUUCGUUGGUUUUGUAACAUCCAACACUGAUAAUCGCCUCUUCACCAAAACCCUAAACAAAGGGGAUGUCUUUGUCUUUCCCGUUGGUCUCAUUCACUUUCAAGUCAAUGUGGGAAAGACCAAUGCAAUUGCCAUUUCUGGUUUAAGCAGCCAAAAUGCAGGCGCAAUCACAAUAGCAAAUGCUGUUUUUGGAUCCAAUCCUCCCAUUAAUCCUGACGUUUUGACCAAAGCCUUCCAACUCGACAAGAAAGUGGUUAAAUAUCUUCAGAAAGAAUUCUAAAUUUUCAAUUAGAAAAAGUAAUUGUAAGUGCUAUGAAGCACUAUAUAUGGCUCUGUUUAUCUCAUUGCUAUCAUAACUAGAUUAAAAUAAAACGAUUGCUUAUGUAACUCCUUUUUGGAGGAUUUGGAAUAUAGAAAAUGUUGGCAUUUUUUUAA